AUGACAACAGCCCUCGUCAACCAUUAUGAGCCGCACAAGUUCAUGCCCCUUGCUGAAACCAGCACCCUCAGUGCGCGCUUCAAUCUUCUCCCAGCAGCGAUAUUGCCGAGCUCAAAACCGCCCUCGCUUUCAACGUCGCAUCCUGGGCCGCCGGCUCAGGUCGCAUCGAUAGAUGUCCAUGGUCACUCGGGGUCGAGUGCCCGCUCAAAUCCGUCGCAGAAUGCUCCACCCUCGAACCGUGCAAGCAGUCGGGAUUCUCUCGAGAGCAGCGACCCGUCUCGGGCCGCUGGUGCGGGUGUGAGUGCAGGUGGAGUGCAACGAAGCGAGUCCCACGCCGAGGAUCUCUUGAGGAAAGCCAAUUCGCGAAUCUCGUCGCUGGAAAAAACAAUCGAGUUUCUCCAGAAAGACCACAGCACGGUGCUCAGCGCUCUUCACCAAGAAAUCGAGCGUCUGUCCAACGCAUGCCAUGACGCCUAUUCUCUUAUCCUCCUCAAGCAAGGCAAGUUGUGGGAAGACGAGAGGGUGGUUGAUGUGGUCUCCAAGGACAGCCGCCCAGCGAGCCCACAGCCAAGUAAAAUCGAGAAGGUGGAUUCUGAGGUCACCAUGGUCAUGACGCCUUCUGGCCACGAGCCCGACGAAUACGAAGGACAGAAGCCGCUCUAUCUUCUGCUGGAUAAGCAGAAGAAAAAGUACCAAUCCGUGAUCGAGCGCAUGAGCAAUGAAAGCAAGCGUAAGCAGGCCGAGAUGGAGCGGCUGAUGCACGAGCUGGAGCUCAUGCGGCACGUCCUGACGAUUGCCGGAAUCAAGGUGGAUCUCCCGCAGCUGAAAACCAUGGUCGAGAGCAACCGACACCCAGGAAGCAAAGGCGCCGAGCCCAAAUCUGUGGGCCCCAGCGCAAACGUUGGCUCGGGCUGUGGGGUGGUUCGAGGCAAGGUACUUCCCCCAAUCGAGCGAGACGACCGGCGCUCGGUGAUGGCAGCGAGCAUGGUCGAGGGCCAAGGCGAUCUUGGCAAGUCCCGAAAUCGGAUACCAGCUGCUUCUCACGUUGGGCCGGCCGAGCCAAAGCGGGCUGCUCCAGGCGCAAGUCACUUCCGGGCCCGGGCACCCAGGUCCAAGCUCAAGGCCAGCUGCCUCACCAGCGGUACUCGCGCCGUCGACGAACGACUGCUCUCGGAUGACUUCAAUGGCUGGGAAGAGGACGUAUCGACGCAGCGAAGCUGCUCGGGCCCUUCUCCGGCGCUUGGAAGCGGAGGCAAGGCCUCGGGGCUGGAGUUUACGACCCGGCACAAUCGCAGCAUGUCAUGGAACCACAGCGUCAGCUCUGGAUGCGAAACCCUGGCAGGGCCCGAAGCGCUCGAGUCGAUGUCCGGCCCGCUGCUCCACGACGGACUACCCGAGGACAUCCUCGCUGGAGCCGAAAGCCAUUCGAGACACCAGGUCUCUCUGCCGUCGCUGGUCGAGCCGGCUCCAGAGUCUGAAGCCGUGCUCCCAACUGGUCGGUGCCACCGCAGCCUGGAGGGAAUGGCCUCCAACUGGGAACUGGGAAGUAGUAUCCCGGCGCCAGAUCCUGUCCUGGGCACGGCCGGGUCCAAGCUGAUGCCAGUCCCGCCACAGACUCGGAUGGCUGGCAAAUCCGGCUCAACAACCUGGGUCCGGCGGCAGAUAAGCUCUCGGCAGCUCCGGGAGCAGCAGCGGAAAGAGGUGCAAGGAUGAUGUCGGGGAGCAUUGAUUUGCUGGCGGUGGUGGCGGGAAGGGCUCUGGGUCGUGCUUUCCAGUUUCAUGAUGUGGACGACGGUAUGCUCGAGCACUGAGAGGACACGGCCAGCCUGCAG